AGCGGCCGGGCUAGAGAAUUUCCAACCUCCAAUCCAAGCCUCGCCCUCUCCUCUUCUCGCCUCGUCUCCCUCCCAGCAAGUAGCAGCAGCCUCCGAUUCCCUCCUCCCGCCGCCUCCUCAGAUCUGCGCCGCCGCGCCGCCUCCCGGCCAAUCCGUCGUCCUCAUCCCCGCCGCCAGCCGAGGAGUGGCGGCCGCCGCUUGGUUGCUUCCGUCCGGGGCCGGCGCUAUCGGCGGCGGAGGCUGCCGGGCCUUUUCCGGACCGGCAAAUGGUUCCGGAGCUGGGGCUUGGAGGCUUCCGGUUCCGUGUGGUCUGCUGAUUGGGCCCAGCCGGGGUACGGUUGGCUCUGCCGGCGCGAAUUGGAGGUUCUGAGUUACACUGAAUUUUGUUUCGCCGGAGGAGCUGAUUUGGUGAAGUUGUUUCAGGCGGCGACUGAUUCUUGGGGGAACCACAAGUUUGCUUCUUUUGAUUUCCUCCGCGCUCAGGUUCAGAUUAUAGAGCGUUUCUGGAUGAAACGGAUAGAUUUUACUGGGUUCAGAUACCGAGCUUCUGUCUUGUGUGCUAGCACCCUUCUCCGCCAGAAAACAGGACUUCUGCAGCUGCUUGAGGCUGUUAGCUUCGGUUGCCUUUUCCUCCAAAGGUUUGACCUCUUGAGUUGAGUUCUUGUGCCGAUGAUGAACUGCUGAUCUAGGAUUCUUGUGUCACUGUAUCAAAAGCAGUCUCCUGUUCAGAUUCUGCCUAUUAAAUCAGUCCUUGUGUUGCACUACCAAGAUUCUGCUUUGAAAGGACACACACUGCUGCCACCCUUUUUAUCUGUCCCCAACACAGUGCACUGAAACCUUAAUUGUCCCACAGGAGUGGAUAAGUAUCUGGAACCAAUCGAGUGCAGCAAAGCCAUGGAUGUGCCUCUGCCUUCACAGUCCAACCGUGCUGGAUGCAAUGGAAGCGUCGGCAGCCCGUCGGAUGAUCCAUAUGGCGUUACGGCCAUGAUGAACUUUGAUGGGUACUCAGAGCUCUGCGGCAGCCCUUCGUUAGCUGACCAGCUGUUCUCGUUGCUGAACGACUCGUCAACACACCAGAUGUUUGCUAUGUGGUCAUCCUUGGGCUCUUCGCCACGUGCUUCUGGUGUCAGUGAAGAUAUGCAGCUCGAUGCCUAUUCCAGUGUACCUGGGGAUCAAAAGGUUGAUUUGGUAUCUUCGGUGAAUCCAGCUGAAAAUGGGACCGGGAGAAUGGCCAAGAGUUCAGGCGACCUUGGCUCAGAUGGUGAUCCCGAGCAAGGAAGUACUAGCGUGGUUCCGAGGCCUAUUGCCGGCAACUUACUCGCUGAGAGGAUGCUCAUGGCUCUGUCUUUGUUCAGGAAGUCACUUGGCGGCGGUGUUCUUGCGCAGGUUUGGAUGCCUGUUGAGCAGGAGGGGCAUGUCGUGCUUAGUACAUGUGAACAGCCGUUUCUGCUUGACCAAGCUCUUGCUGGGUACAGAGAAGUAUCCAGGCAUUUUGUGUUCUCUGCUAAGGAGGAGACCUGCCUUCAACCAGGGCUUCCAGGGAGGGUCUUCAUCUCCGGUGUGCCAGAAUGGACCUCAAAUGUGCUCUACUACAGCAAGCCAGAGUAUUUGAGGAUGGAGUAUGCUCUUCACCAUGAAGUUCGAGGAUCACUUGCAAUGCCGAUAUAUGACCCUAGCAAGGGCUCUUGCUGUGCAGUGCUUGAGCUUAUCACAAAGAAGGAGAAACCUGACUUCGAUGCAGAAAUGAACAACCUUCGCCAUGCAUUGCAGGCUGUGAACUUGGAGACAGCAAAAGAUUGUAUCGAUCAGAAGGUUUAUUCAGCAAAUCAGAAAGCCACCUUCACUGAGAUUUUGGAUGUUCUAAGAGCUAUUUGCCAUGCACACAUGCUUCCUUUGGCCCUUACAUGGGUCCCUUCAUCAAAUGGCAGUGAUGGUGGUUAUGUUGGACAUGAUAAUGUCCUUGAUUCUCAGUCAGGAAAAGCGAUACUCCGCAUCCAUGAAUCAGCGUGUUAUGUUAAUGAUGCAAAGAUGCAAGGUUUUUUUCAUGCAUGCACUGAAACUCACCUUGAGAAAGGGCAAGGUAUUGCAGGCCGAGCACUCAAGUCCAAUCUGCCGUUCUUCUCUCCUAAUAUAAGAGAAUACGGAAUUAAGGAUUACCCACUCGCACACCAUGCUCGUAAGUUUGGUCUGCAUGCUGCUGUAGCAAUCCGGCUAAGGAGCACAUACACUGGUGAUGAUGACUACAUACUAGAAUUCUUUCUACCAAUCAACUGCACAGGCAGUGAAGAACAACAGAUGUUAUUGAAUAACCUGUCCAGUACUAUGCAAAGAAUAUGCAAAAGUUUGCGAACAGUUUCUGAAGCAGAGGUUGAUAAAGUUGACGCUUGUACUGCAGUAAUGUAUAAGGCAACCAGUGGAAGUUGCUUGCCUACUGGUCAGUCUGGGAGUUCUUCACAUGGUGAUCAACCUGCCACAGAAGAGGCAUUCCAGGAUCUAUCUUUAAUUGAUAAGCAAGGGGACAUGUCCGAGCAGGCACAGUCUAGUUCAAUGCGACUUGCGGAGAAAAAGCGCAGUACAGCGGAGAAGAAUAUUGGCAUGGAUGUUCUCCGUAAGUACUUUUCUGGGAGCCUAAAGGAUGCUGCAAAGAGCCUCGGUGUUUGUCCAACAACCUUGAAACGGAUAUGCCGCACACAUGGAAUUUCGCGAUGGCCAUCUCGCAAGAUAAACAAGGUCAACCGUUCGUUAAAGAAGAUCCAAACUGUCAUUAACUCGGUCCAUGGAGUGGACAGCUCUUUGCAGUAUGAUCCAGCUACUGGAUCUCUUGUUCCAGCAGUUUCUCUGCCAGAGAAGACGUCAUUCCCUUCAUGUGAUGCUGUGUCUAGUCCAUCUGUUGGGAAAACUGUGGAUGAAAAAUCUGGCCCAAAAUCUGAGCAAGGGUAUUCGUCACCUGAAGGAUGGGAAAGAGAUAGCUGUCAGUUGCAGCGCCCUGAUGCGCAGAAAGGGGAAGGCGAUGAAUUUCACAUGCAGACAACUAACUAUAGUGGCAGUGGUGAUCACGGCUCUUAUGGUCCGAAUGUCACACAUCAUAUUAUUUCUGAAGGAACACAAGGACCAUUAUAUCCCACUGGUGCUGUUAGUGCUUUACAUGACAAAGAAACAGGUUGCAUCGAACCUUUGCCCUGUGUCCUCCCAAGCAUCAAGACUACCAGGGACCAAAUAGUGGGAAGGAACUCACCACCCAUGCAACAAGCAGAUAUUGAUAUGUUUGAUGAUCGCGAAGGCAGGGAGCAUACUCAUCCUUCUACCUCUGGUAUGACAGACUCUUCUAGCGGCAGUGCAUCAAGCCACCCUACAUUCAAGAAGAACCCAGCACGCCCACUUAAGGACAAGAGCAGCCCUGCACUUACGGUCAAGGCGACGUACAAUGGAGACACCGUGCGGUUCAAGUUCUUGCCAUCGAUGGGCUGGUACCACCUGCUGGAAGAAAUAGCCAAGAGGUUCAAGCUGUCGACCGGGGUGUUCCAGCUCAAGUACAAGGAUGACGAGGACGAGUGGGUCAUCAUGGCGAACGACUCCGAUCUCCAGGAGUGUGUCGACGUCAUGGACUCGAUGGGCACGCGAAACGUGAAGCUCCAGGUCCGGGAUCUCCCGUGCCUCAUCAGCAGCUCGGGCAGCAGCUGCUGCUUGCAGCUGGAAGGACACAAUUCAUGACACGGUGAGGAAGUCUAAAAAAGGAUCUUUUGUUACCCUCAACUGUAUCAUACUGUGGUAGGUGUAGUCUACGCUGUGUAGCAACAGGGUUUGGUAGUCUGUACUGUACGCGUGUAGCGUGUUAUGUAGCGGCAAUGGCGAACAGGAAGUGUAGCGAUCGUCGAAUGUCAUGGAGGUCCCUGAGAGGAUAUCAUGACAAUAAUCUGUUGUCAUGAGGGUCUGCGGUGCCUGGCUGCCAAUGUAUCGAAAACUCGAACUCCUGGCUGUGUUAUGCAUGCCGGAGGAAACCAAUGAAUGUUUCUGGACUUCCCAUGGUUCCAAA